AUGAGUCUUAGAUUAGAAUUGUUAAGGUGGGUAAAUGAAAAAUGUCCAUCAAUGAAAGCAAGUAAUAUUGAAAGCCUUUCAGAUGGAAGGCAUUUCUUAUGUUUAUUAAGAAAAUACUUCCCAGAAAUAGAAGUUCCUUAAUUUAAAAAAAGCUCUUCAAUUGUUUAAAAAAUGGAAUCCUUAAAUCUUGUGAUGUUUUAUUGUUAAAAAUUGGAUGCAUCAUUCAAAAUAGAUGUGCUUAAAAUAGCAAACAAAGAAUCAACUACAAUUUUAAAUUUGAUAAAAUUUCUCAAAUCAAUUCUAGAUAAAACACCUAUUAAAAUUUCAUUUAUUUAAGAAGAAUUUUAAACUACAUUAAAAGUAAAAGAAAAAGAUAAUCAUGAGAUUUGUGAAGAAAUUGUUAUUCCUUAAGUAUAAUAAGCAUAGGAUGAUGAAACUUAAACUCCAGAAAUUUAAGAAGAUUAGGUUCCAUUACAUAAAUUUUAAUUUUAACUUAAAAGACUUAUGUCAUUUAAAUUGCAACAUCCAUUUUUAGAAUUGGAACUUCUUAGAUUGUUAGAAUUUGAUUAAGAAGUUGCUGAUAUGAUAUAACAUUAUUAAUUAGCAGCCUAAAAAAGAAGUAAGAAUUCAAAGCAUACUGAUUAUCAUUCAAUUAAUAGUAGUUAAUUUUAUAAUAGAGGAGAAGCCAAUUUACUUGAUGUAGAUUAUUCAUUCGAUUAAUAAUAUGCAAGUAAAAGGAGUAUGGAAUUUGAUAAUUUAUUUUAAAUGAGUGAUGAAAAGUUUAACUUUUGA